AUGACCUCUCAGCGCAACACCAGCCCUGAUCAGAUACUUCGUCCGCGACCUCGGAGACCCGACGAGUCCCUGAAGCUGAAUGGACACGGCGGCGGUAAUGGCUACGUCGACGUACCUGCCUCCGGCGUGUCUAGCGGACGCUCAACACCCGUCCCUCAGGACGCACCUCCAUCCGCGCAGUCCAUCUCCUCUGCACGCAAGUAUGCUCGCGCCCAGGCGAAGGUGCGCUCCUUCCACAACAUCAAUUAUAAACCUCGAGUGUCCCACUUCGAUCCCUCCAGCGAGUACAGCGACUUUCGCGGCUUUUUCGUCCUGUUCUGGGUGGGUCUGAGCAUCAUGGUCAUUACCAGCGGUCUGCGCAAUAUCAAAGAGACAGGAUAUCCAUUGCGGGCGCAAGUCUAUCGCAUCCUCUCCAAGAAUGUCCUGGCGUUAGCUCUCUCAGAUGCAGCCAUGGUCGGCAGCACUGCGCUUUCUUUGCCUUUGCAGAAGUUGUUUCGAAGCGGCUGGACCAUCUUCCAGUGGCGCCGCGGCGGUGUAUGGAUUCAGGCCAUCUUCCAACUCGGUUGGCUUGCUUUGUGGGUCGAGUGGCCGUUUCUCUUGAACUGGACCUGGACCGCACAGGUCUUCUUCGCGCUCCACACACUCACGUUCCUGAUGAAGAUGCAUUCCUAUGCUUUUUACAACGGCCACUUGUCUGAAUCCGAGCGUCGCUUACGUGCCCUCGACAAACCUGCCCCAGAUGUCAAGUUUGACCGAGCGUUCAAAUAUCCUUCGUCGCCCUCUCGCAUAUCGGAGCUCGAUGAGACUGUAGUUGAGAAGCAGGAAGCGUCGCAGGAGCUGUCACAGCUUCGUAAAGACCUGGCCACAGAGCUCACGUCGCCUUUGGGUCAGGUCACAUUCCCGCAGAACCUGACUCUUUGGAACUAUGCCGACUACACCCUAUGUCCCACGCUCUGCUACGAGCUCGAAUACCCACGAACUUCUAAUAUCCGCUGGUUAGAGGUCUUCUACAAGACACUGGCUGUAUUCGGCUGCAUUUUCCUCAUGACCAUCAUCUCUGAGGAGUUCAUCACGCCGAUCCUUGCUGAUAGCGCCAUUCGCCUCAAGCAUACACCAUUCAAUUCCGACCGCGCCCUCAUCCUCGCGGAAACAACAAGCCUAUUGCUUUUCCCGUUUAUGAUCACUUUCCUGUUGGUCUUCCUCGUCAUCUGGGAGUACGUUCUUGGAGCAUUCGCCGAGUUGACGUGUUUCGCGGACCGUCACUUCUACUCGGACUGGUGGAACAGCACCGACUGGCUGGAGUUUUCUCGCGAAUGGAAUAUACCCGUGUACCACUUCCUGCGUCGACACGUCUAUUUCAGUCUGCGCAACUACACCUCCAACUCGAUUGCCAUGGCGGUCACAUUCCUGGUUUCGGCGGUGGGCCACGAGCUGAUUAUGGGUUGUAUCACCAAGAAAUUGAGGGGCUACGGGUUCGUGGCCAUGAUGCUGCAGUUGCCCAUUGUGGCGGUGCAGCGUAGCCCCAUGCUCAGAGGCAACUGGGUUCUGAACAAUGCUGCGUUUUGGAGCAGCAUGGUUCUGGGUCUGGCGAUGAUGUGCAGCUUGUACGUCCUCGUCUGA